GGACAGCCUCGCUCCUCCCAGGCAGCUGCUAGGGUCGGGAGCCACGGAAGACAAAGUGAGAGUCCGGCGGCUUCCCAGGGCCUGGGCCACGGCGGCGGAGGUGGGGCAGAUGCGAGCGCAGAGGCUCCGGGCGCACUGAGGUGGAGCGACCCCGUUACGCCAAAGAUGAAAGGCUGGGGUUGGCUGGCCCUGCUUUUGGGGGUCCUGCUGGGGACAGCCUGGGCUCGAAGGAGCCAGGAUCUACACUGUGGAGCUUGCAGGGCUCUGGUGGAUGAAUUAGAGUGGGAAAUUGCCAAGGUGGACCCCAAGAAGACCAUUCAGAUGGGAUCCUUCCGAAUCAAUCCAGAUGGCAGCCAGUCAGUUGUGGAGGUGCCUUAUGCCCGCUCAGAGGCCCACCUCACAGAGCUGCUUGAGGAGGUGUGUGACCGCAUGAAGGAGUACGGGGAACAGAUCGACCCUUCCACCCACCGCAAGAACUACGUACGCGUUGUGAGCCGGAGUGGAGAAUCCAGUGAACUAGACCUGCAGGGCAUCCGAAUCGAUUCCGAUAUCAGCGGCACCCUCAAGUUUGCGUGUGAGAGUAUCGUGGAAGAGUACGAAGAUGAGCUUAUCGAGUUCUUUUCCCGGGAGGCGGACAACGUCAAGGACAAGCUGUGCAGUAAGCGGACCGAUCUGUGUGACCACGUCCUGCACACAUCACACGAUGAACUGUGAAUCACUGGGAGCAGCGUAGACCACCCUGAUGGAGCGCCCCCAGGAGGGGACGAUGGCGGCGGCGGCGUUGCCUUUUCUAUUCUGUUUUUAUGGAAAUGAACUGAAAAAACGUCUGAAACCGAAA